UCAUGAUCUAGGGUUUUCUCAUUCCAGCGGCCAGAGUUCUAAAGCGGGUCUCUCGUAUUCGUCUCUGAAGCAUCUCGGUUCACAGUCGAAGAGCCUCCUCUCGACGCCGCCAUGGGGAAAACACGUGGAAUGGGAGCUGGUCGCAAGCUGAAGUCCCACCGUGUAAGGCAAAGGUGGGCUGAUAAGGCAUAUAAAAAAUCCCAUCUUGGCAAUGAAUGGAAGAAGCCAUUUGCUGGGUCAUCCCAUGCAAAAGGCAUUGUUCUCGAGAAAAUAGGCAUUGAGGCUAAGCAGCCAAACUCUGCUAUUAGAAAAUGUGCCAGAGUUCAGUUGAUUAAGAAUGGGAAGAAGAUUGCUGCAUUCGUGCCAAAUGAUGGUUGCUUGAACUACAUUGAGGAGAAUGAUGAAGUGCUGAUUGCAGGAUUUGGUCGAAAGGGGCAUGCCGUCGGAGAUAUCCCAGGAGUCAGAUUCAAGGUUGUGAAGGUGUCUGGUGUGUCGCUGCUCGCUCUGUUCAAAGAGAAGAAGGAGAAGCCAAGAUCCUAAACUUAAGAAAAAUGGCCAUUGGCACCCCGAAGAUCUGCUCCACAGGCAGAGUUUUCCUUUGAGUGCUGGUUGUCGUUUUUUUUUUUUUUUUCCUCCCGAUUUUUUGUUUUAUGGUUGAGAUUCAGAACUGACCAAUUCCUAGCAUCACUGUUAUGAGACCUAAAGGUUUAAUUAAAGAAUUACUUGUAUAAUGACUAGUAACAUUAAUGCGGAGCAUCUUCAGUUUAAAGCUCCUUCUAAGCUUUUUGGAGACGCAUCACCUUCA